AAGUGCUCUGAUGUCCUUGUCUUCUCUCAGAAAACAUUACUGUCUGCAGUCUGUUUAUCAGACUACUGUUACAGUAAAGGGCAGCACAGUGUAUCAAUACUGUAUAGAGAACAGAUGGUUCCUAUAGCAGACAACAUGAACAUGACCCCAGAGCUUCCGACACAGAACUGCUCCAACUGCAGCCAAGCAUUUGUCCCAGAGCUCAAUGUGAUCAAGGCUGUGGCGCUGGGACUGAUACUUGGGACCUUCAUCAUAUUUGGGGUUUUUGGGAACAUCCUGGUUAUCUUGUCUGUGGUCUGUCAUCGACACCUACGAACAGUCACACACUACUUCAUUGUCAACCUAGCGGUGGCAGACCUCCUGCUGAGCUCCAUUGUGCUGCCCUUCUCUGCCACCUUUGAGAUCCUAGGGUACUGGGUGUUCGGACGGCCAUUCUGCAACGUGUGGGCAGCGAUGGACGUGCUGUGCUGCACAGCUUCCAUCAUGAGCCUGUGUGUGAUCUCAGUGGACCGCUACAUCGGGGUCAGCUACCCGCUGCGCUACCCAGCCAUCGUGACAGAGCGCAGGGCACUGCUGGCCCUGGUUGGCCUGUGGGCUCUGUCUGUCACCAUCUCCAUCGGCCCUCUGUUUGGCUGGAAGGAGCCGGUGCCUGAGGAUGAUUCUAUCUGUAAGAUCACAGAGGAGCCUGCCUAUGCCAUCUUCUCUGCUGUGGGCUCCUUCUACCUACCACUGGCCAUCAUACUGUCUAUGUACUGCAGGGUGUAUGUGGUGGCCCGCCAGGAGAGCCGGGGCCUGAGGGUGGGGCACAAAACAGACAAGUCAGAUUCAGAGAGCAUCACGCUGAGGAUCCAUCGCGGCAACACAGCCGUGUCUGAGGACGAGGCCCUGCGCAGCCACACACACUUCGCCCUGCGCCUCCUCAAGUUCUCCCGAGAAAAGAAGGCCGCCAAGACCCUGGGCAUUGUGGUUGGCUGCUUUGUGCUCUGCUGGCUGCCUUUCUUCCUGGUGCUGCCCAUAGGUGAGUGUUACCCAUUGUACCCAUUGUACCUUACCUUGUAGACUGUGCUCCACAGCUGCAGUGUCAUGCUGUUAAUGCCACCCCCUGUUGUAUCUACACUUGGCAAAGGAAUUUAUGAGGGUUUGUAAUUAAAUGGCAUUGCAGAGAUGUAGGAGGGAGUGUGGGAUGACUCCCAAAAUAGAUGUUCACAACAGUCUCUGGUACCAUAUCAUGCAUGCCUUUCUCAUGUCAUACGCUAUCAACCAUAGAAGUAGAAAAAACGUUUAUUUACAUGUGUAAUAAAUCAGUUAUUUUAGGUUAUGUGAGGUUGUUGGAUGUGGAUGAUGUAAAAUUUAGUCUAUUGUCGCAUUAAUCAGUAAUGGGCUGCAUCUGCAAAGAUUUACUUUAAUUGAUGACACAAAUUAAAACUUGUUUACAAAUAGAAACCAUCUGAAAUAACUAAAAUGUAUCAUUAAAAAGAGUACACUAAUCAAAGUAUUUGUUUCAACUGUGCAAAAUGUCAAUCUUCUCCUCCCCCUGAUGUUAUUUUACUUGUCACACAUGACUGCUUUGAAGUCUAAUUUACUACGAGACCCAAAUAAAUAUUAGCAUAUAUAUACACUUACCAAUAAUGUGGUAUUUCAUGUGGAAAUAAUGAAAUAAAAAAGUAAUUUCAGUAGCUUUUAUUUCAGACCACACUAUAAUUGCCAUAAGCGUUUACUGAUGUUAUCACAAGUUUUGAAUAGAGUCAGUAUUAUUUUAAAAGAAAACUGAUUGAUGAAAUAAUCGUGUUUAUGUAACACUAUUGUGUAGAAAAUAUUGAGAGGAUUUUCAGGCAAGCCAAAAUACCAGUCUCAAGAAAUUAUCCUACAUUAGAGACUUGAACUACACACACACAUGCACAGGCACAUGAAAACACACACGCACACAUUAGAAAGUGAUAGAGAUAGAGAGCUACAGAGAGAGAUAGAGUACGUUUGGAACAUCCAUUUACAUUUACAUUAAUUCAUUUCCAAGACACCAUUGUCGAUUUUUGUUAUCCAGCCACAGCCGUAAGUGCUUGUGAAAUUAAUAGUUUGGGGUAUUAAUUUAAUGGUUUUUCUGAAGGCCACUGAGGAGUUACUGUAAUUUGGGUGUUUCAGGGAUGCAGUGCAGGCAACUAAGGUAAAAGCUGUGGCCGGGUCUGGUACUAGGCUAGCCAGACAAUGGGUCAUCAUAGGAUUCUUCAGAUAACAGAGAUACUCUCAGAAUGGGUGGGUAGUCCCUUUCAGUCAGCCUCUGUCCCAGUCAUCUUCUCAGUGUGAUCAAAGAGCUGCUGUGGUUGAAAGAGAGCGGCUCUCCAGUUGGGCUGGUCUGUGACUCACUGACACCUUUCCCAGUCAGAGGAAUAAGGCAACCUCACAGAGAGUUACACAUAAUAAACUUUAUUUGAAGAGUUGAAUGCUAUAUCCACACAUUUUUCACAUUAGUAUUUUUUCAUCAGAAAUGAUUGCUUAUGGGUACCUUCAUGUGUGUAUAAAAUAUUACUGUUGUCAGAUUUUUUUAUUCAUAGAUUUGAGAGAGUAUGAAAAUGUUUGUUUUUUUGCUAAACGCUAUAUAUCCAUUGUUUAGCUGGAAUGGAAUGUUUGUGUCCUGUGUAUUUGACUGUGAUAUGUAGUUGUCUUACCUUGCUAUCUUAAGACGCAUGUACUUACUGUAAAUCACUCUGGAUAAGAGCAUCUGCUAAAUGACUAAAAUGUGAAAUGUAAAUGUUUUACAUAGAGAUCUCAUAUUACUGCAUUUAAUUAUCUUUUUAAAACCUUUUUUUUAUAUAUAUUGAUGUCACAAAUGUAUCAUUUGUACAUUUCUUUAUUAAAAAUGUAGUUAUUUGUUACAUUUGACUGUGUAAAACCUAGCAGUACAGUACUACUUAUUUAUCUGAGAGUGAGGUGGAUAUAUAGCAUUUAGGAAAUAUAAACAUGAUUAUUUGUCUCUCUGAAAUGAAACCAUGACGUGAUAGAUCUUAAACAAAUACAUAUCUGUCAUUGAACAACCCCAUGCCAUGAUUAGAUCGUGAAAAAACACAUUAAUCUCAUUCAUAAUGUCUUUAAACAAUAAAAGCUAAUUUACCAACAUUUCUGAAAAUUGAUAUAUAGCGUUUUGGAAUGAAACUAUUCAUUUCCAGAGGACAAAUGCAAUGGAUGUGGUUGUGUACAAAGAGAAAUAUGAAUGAAUAUACUAUACAUAAUAAACAUAACAUGACAAUGACUGUUUAACACAUAGUAGCAUCAACUACUAUUAAUGACUAGCAAUAGUAACAACCAACAGUAAAUGCACACAAGUUUCAAUAACAACAUCACUCACGUCUGUCCACGCACUCCAUCACUCUUGUCCACUUGGAGAGAGACUGAUGAGGCUCUGACCUGAGCAGGCAGGAGGACUGUCUGCUAUCCUGCCCCCUAGCAACCUCCCUGGCAACCUUCCUAGCAACCUAUAGGUGGCCUUGUAGCAGAGGUCACUGGGAGUUUGGGGAGCCAGUUUAUGAUCCCCUAGUCUCUCUGGCAACAUUAGGGGAUUGGUGGAGUGAGCUGCAUGAAGUUAUAGAGUGCUGAGCACACGCUGCCGGACCUGUCUGCUGCUCAUAUUUCACACACACUUUUCAGACAACCAUUCUCUCUAUCUCUCUCGCUCUCUCUCGAUAUCCAUCUCUCCAUCUCUUGCUCUCUCGCUCCAUCUCACUCUCUCUCUUUCUCAGCAUCUAUUUCUCUUGCACAGAGGCAUUCUCAUCAAUGUGAUCACAGCAGGAAGGACAGAUCAAGUCUGCUUGUUAGUUUAAUCAUUUCAGUAUGGGAUGAAUGUGGGAAGAAAAUACAAAUCAAGUGUUUUUUAAGAUCAAGUCAACUCCUUCCUAACCCCUCAGGAUUCCGAUGUAUUAUAUACUCUCAUGCUCAUAAAUAUAGCAACUGCAAUAGAGAGCUAGCGCUUCUUGGUGGUGAUUCUAUUCCCUUACCAUGUCUGGACAACAUGUCACAAUGUUAUGUAUUAAAUCACAGAACAGUUUUCCAGUUAAGAUUGAUUGUGUUAGGCUGGGGAUGGUUAUUCUUGUUUGCUUUGGUUUAUUGGGACAGGCUUUAUUUCUUCAUUAAGAGGGAAACUAACCCUUGUGGGGAUUUGAGUGGGUCAAAAGGGUUAGGAGGGCUAUCAUUGUCUUGGCAGUGUGUUUAUUUUGAGACUGGUUUGUUCCAGUAGCCAUUUAUAAAGACAUGACCAAGAGCUAAGCAACUGUUUGCUCACAUGUUCACAAGGGUAGUGGUAUUUUGUCUGCUGGUGCUGUGGUCGUUAGUCGGUAGUUGCACUGGUGCCUACCAUGCAUCUUUGGUAUUGUUAUCUGCCUGUUGUCUGGACCUCUGGCAGUCUCUAUGGGGGUCUCUAUGGGGGUGCCACAGGGUUCAAUUCUCGGGCCGACUCUAUUCUCUGUGUAUAUCAAUGAUGUCGCUCUUGCUGCUGGUGACUCUCAGAUCCACCUCUACGCAGACGACACCAUUUUGUAUACACUGUGUUAACAAACCUCCAAACGAUCUUCAAUGCCAUACAACACUUCUUCUGUGGCCUCCAACUGCUCUUAAACGCUAGUAAAACUAAAUGCAUGCUCUUCAAUCGAACGCUGCUUGCACCCGCCCACCCGACUAGAAUCACUACUCUCGGCGGGUCUGACUUAGAAUAUGUGGACAAUUACAAAUACCUAGGUGUCUGGUUAGACAGUUAAAUCUAGAAUCGGCUUCCUGUUUCGCAACAAUGCCUCCUUCACUCAUGCUGCUAAACAUGCCGUCGUAAAACUGACUAUCCUACCGAUCCUUGACUUCAGCGAUGUCAUUUACAAAAUAGCUUCCAUUACUCAACUCAGCAAAUUGGAUGUAGUCUAUCACAGUGCCAUCCGUUUUGUCACCAAAGCCCCAUAUACUACCCACCAUUGUGACCUGUAUGCUCUCGUUGGCUGGCCCUCACUACAUAUUCAUCGCCAAACCCACUGGCUCCAGGUCAUCUAUAAAUCACUUCUAGGCAAAUCCCCACCUUAUCUUAGCUCAUUGGUCACCAUAGCAACACCCACCCGUAGUAUGCGCUCCAGCAGGUAUAUCUCACUGGUCAUCCCCAAAGCCAACACCUCUUUUGGCCGCCAUUCCUUCCAGUUCUCUGCUGCAAAUGACUGGAACUAACUACAAAAAUCUCUGAAGCUGGAGACACUUAUCUCCCUCAUUAACUUUAAGCAUCAGUUGUCAGAGCAGCUUACUGAUCACUGUACCUGUACACAGCCCAUCUGUAAUUAGCCCACCCAACUACCUCAUCCCCAUAUUGUUAUUUACAUUGUUAUUUAUUUUGCUCAUUUGCACCCCAGUACAGUGGGGGAAAAAAGUAUUUAGUCAGCCACCAAUUGUGCAAGUUCUCCCACUUAAAAAGAUGAGAGAGGCCUGUCAUUUUCAUCAUAGGUACACGUCAACUAUGACAGACAAAUUGAGAAAAUAAAAUCCAGAAAAUCACAUUGUAGGAUUUUUAAUGAAUUUAUUUGCAAAUUAUGGUGGAAAAUAAGUAUUUGGUCACCUACAAACAAGCAAGAUUUCUGGCUCUCACAGACCUGUAACUUCUUCUUUAAGAGGCUCCUCUGUCCUCCACUCGUUACCUGUAUUAAUGGCACCUGUUUGAACUUGUUAUCAGUAUAAAAGACACCUGUCCACAACCUCAAACAGUCACACUCCAAACUCCACUAUGGCCAAGACCAAAGAGAUGUCAAAGGACACCAGAAACAAAAUUGUAGACCUGCACCAGGCUGGGAAGACUGAAUCUGCAAUAGGUAAGCAGCUUGGUUUGAAGAAAUCAACUGUGGGAGCAAUUAUUAGGAAAUGGAAGACAUACAAGACCACUGAUAAUCUCCCUCGAUCUGGGGCUCCACGCAAGAUCUCACCCCGUGGGGUCAAAAUGAUCACAAGAACGGUGAGCAAAAAUCCCAGAACCACACGGGGGGACCUAGUGAAUGACCUGCAGAGAGCUGGGACCAAAGUAACAAAGCCUACCAUCAGUAACACACUACGCCGCCAGGGACUCAAAUCCUGCAGUGCAAGACGUGUCCCCCUGCUUAAGCCAGUACAUGUCCAGGCCCGUCUGAAGUUUGCUAGAGUGCAUUUGGAUGAUCCAGAAGAGGAUUGGGAGAAUGUCAUAUGGUCAGAUGAAACCAAAAUAUAACUUUUUGGUAAAAACUCAACUCGUCGUGUUUGGAGGACAAAGAAUGCUGAGUUGCAUCCAAAGAACACCAUACCUACUGUGAAGCAUGGGGGUGGAAACAUCAUGCUUUGGGGCUGUUUUUCUGCAAAGGGACCAGGACGACUGAUCCGUGUAAAGGAAUGAAUGAAUGGGGCCAUGUAUCGUGAGAUUUUGAGUGAAAACCUCCUUCCAUCAGCAAGGGCAUUGAAGAUGAAACGUGGCUGGGUCUUUCAGCAUGACAAUGAUCCCAAACACACCGCCCGGGCAAUGAAGGAGUGGCUUCGUAAGAAGCAUUUCAAGGUCCUGGAGUGGCCUAGCCAGUCUCCAGAUCUCAACCCCAUAGAAAAUCUUUGGAGGGAGUUGAAAGUCCGUGUUGCCCAGCGACAGCCCCAAAACAUCACUGCUCUAGAGGAGAUCUGCAUGGAGGAAUGGGCCAAAAUACCAGCAACAGUGUGUGAAAACCUUGUGAAGACUUACAGAAAACGUUUGACCUGUGUCAUUGCCAACAAAGGGUAUAUAACAAAGUAUUGAGAAACUUUUGUUAUUGACCAAAUACUUAUUUUCCACCAUAAUUUGCAAAUAAAUUCAUAAAAAAUCCUACAAUGUGAUUUUCUGGAUUUCUUUUUCUCAUUUUGUCUGUCAUAGUUGACGUGUACCUAUGAUGAAAAUUACAGGCCUCUCUCAUCUUUUUAAGUGGGAGAACGUGCACAAUUGGUGGCUGACUAAAUACUUUUUCCCCCCACUGUAUCUCUAUUUGCACAUCAUCUUCUGCACAUCUAUCACUCCAGUGUUAAUACUAAAUUAUAAUUAUUUUGCACUAUGGCCUAUUUAUUGCCUUACCUCCAUAACUUACUACAUUUGCACACACUGCAUAUAGAUUUUCUAUUUUCUAUUGUGUUAUUGACUGUACGUUUUUGUUUAUUCCAUAUGUAACUCUGUGUUGUUGUUAUUUUUAUCGCACUGCUUUGCUUUAUCUUGGCCAGUUGUAAAUGAGAACUUGUUCUCAACUGGCUUACCUAGUUAAAUAAAGGUUAAAUAAAUAAAAUAAAAUAAAAAAUCUAAAAUCAUUAUUGACAUGAUGAAUUAUAUUUGGUGGUGUUGGUAGUGAGCUACAGUAUUAUAGCAGUAGUGUGCAUCCUUGUCUUCCAGGAUGUAUGGCAACGUCUCUCUUGGGAAGUGAGCACAUCUAUUGAUCAUCCAUUAUUUAUUGCUCACUCUAUCUUGUUUUCAGUCGCUAUACAUCACUGUAUACCCUCUGUUUGGUGCAGUAGAGGGAGAGAAUGAGACCAAGUGAGUUGUUUAGCUUUCUUAAAAAAGCAUGUUUUUCAUCACUGUCUUUAUGGAGUUAACUUUUCAUAGACAAAUGAGGCUACAUGAGUAACGGCAAUCAAGUUCCCCCUUUAGGGUUUAUAGCCUCCAGAAUGUAUGAAUUCAGUUGCAAGAAGAGUAAUAUAAUUGCUGUUGCUUGUUGCACAGUAGUCAUCUGAGAUGUACUUGGCACGGAAUCUUAUCUACUCAAAGUUCACCUCCUUUCUUUCCCUCGCUCGCUCUCUUUCUUUCACUCUCCCUCUCUAUCCAUCUCCACGUCACUCAGUUUUUUUUAUUCAAAAGCCCACUCUAAACCUUCUCCAACAGCUUCUCCAAUAAAGAAUUUCACAAGACAGCUCGCCCAUCCUACCUUUGAAGAUAGAUGCUCAAAUUCAAGGCCAUCCAAGACUUCAGCCAUUUAAUUAUUUUAAUGUGUUGAGCAUUGGGUGUGAAAAGUCCUUCAUAUUUGCACUGAGAACAAGUGCUGCAUGUAAUGGGCAUGUUAAACCAUUUAAUCUACUGCACAAUUAAGUGUGCAGCUCACACUGUUUCACACUUUCUCCCAUGAGCCUCUGUAAUCAGAAGCAGCAGGAAUUAUGAAGGCAAUUUGAAUACAACUAAUACCUUGACGUCAAUACCUUGAUGUUAAUCCGAUUUCUUCCCUCUGUAUGUGUGGCCUGUGUGUGUGUGUGUGUGUGUGUGUGUGUGUGUGUGUGUGUGUGUGUGUGUGUGUGUGUGUGUGUGUGUGUGUGGCCUAUUAUAGGUUCCAUAUUCCCAGCAUACAGACCUUCGGACACAGUUUUCAAGAUCACCUUCUGGCUGGGCUACUUCAACAGCUGCAUCAACCCUAUCAUCUACCCCUGUUCCAACCAGGAGUUUAAGAAGGCCUUCCAGAGUAUUCUGGGAGUGCGCUGUCUGAGAGCCCAGCCCAGAGCCACUCAUCACCUGGGUCCAGGCCUCAGCCAAGCCCAUGUCCAGGGUAAUUCUCUCACUCUGAGACUAGAUGGCAGAGGUGACCCCUCCCAUCUUAGCCCCUCCUCCUCCAUAGCCCUGUCCCGCACACCCUCCUCUAGGGAUGGCAGAGAGUGGAAGAUAGAGACAGGACAGGCUAAGGUGGCCCAACUGUGCAGUAAGAGUCUGCUGAAGACCUGCUGCUGCAUCAGAGACGGGAGCCACAGCCAGCAGCCCAGCCAUCCCGAGCCCCCUCCACAUGGGACCCUGCCCAUCAUUAAGAUCCACCAGCUGUCUUUGUGUGAAAAUGGAGAGGCUGUAUAA